AUGUCAGAGGUAGAAGAACCAGUUAAACUAGGAGGAAAGUUCUUGGAUGAUUUCAUAGCAUGGAGAGAUGCCAAGAUUGCAGCACAAUUUCCAAACAUUCCAACUUUGUCACCCGACACUUUGACUCCACAGAACUUCUUGGCGAUAUCAACAUUCGACCCAAAUUCCAAAGUUGAUAUUGUCAAAGAGAGAGCAGAGAAAUACUUUACUGAUCUAUUGAGCUUUUCGAUAGGAAUGGUAGCGGAGGAGCUUCCUGCUGAUCUCAAAGAACUGAUUGUCGAUGAAAAAUCAGCUCAGUUCUAUAAAGACUAUGCCAAAAUCUGGUUCGUUCAAUCAAUUUACCAUGCAGAUGAGACCAUAGAGUACAAGUCAACCAUCCGCGGUGGUCGUCUUGAGAGAGAACUCAAGGAUAUUGCAUACAGUGCCACACUUGCCAAACAAACAAUGAUGAUCUAUUACAUUGCAUUGAAAGAGUUGGUCCCACAAAUACUUCCGUUCAUCUACCACCACAAGACAUUCAAUAUCAAGUUAAGAACCUACCUCUUGGAGGCAGCCCAAAAUCAACAAUUGGCAUUCCAAGCAAUGAAGUCCCAUCUAGCCAAUGUCAACGUCCAUGGAGAGUACGACCAAUUCAGAUUCAAUGAACUCAAAUCCAAACUUGAUUUGUUGAAUCCAACCUAUAGACUUUCCAAUGAUAUCUUGAGUUCUUAUAUUUUCGCUGGUUUAGCAUUCUACAUUUCCAGUAAUAUGAAGAACUGUCCGUCUGUCAAGUCAAUCUAUUAUAAUACAAUUCUCAAAGUUCUAAAGAGAAUUCUCAAAAAUCCAGACAACAAAUAUAAUGCGAUUGCCACUGGAAUUGCUAAUUUACAAGCAGGAGAUGUUGUCAAGACUACAGAAGUUAUAUCUCAGAUGUUCUUCAAAGUUACAUUAGAACCAGUCAAUUCAAUCAAAAACAUUAACACCUUGUUAUUUAUGACCAAGGCAUCGGCACUUCCAAUCAAAGCUGCCAAUGUCGAUGCCGCUUUCAUCACCUACAGAACCAACCCUGCUUUUUAUCAAUUCAUCAAUGGAUUAUACUGUACCUGUGUAUUGGGGACCAUUGCCUAUGGUCUAUUCAACCCAUCAUUGGAUCACUUUGAUUUGUCAGUGUUAUAUGCUGGUCAGGCUUUGUAUGUAGAUGAAUAUAUAGAUGCAGUUGCACAGAAUCGAAUCUAUCAGAGAAUGGGUGAAUUCAUCCGCGACUUUACCAAGAGAAUCAACGAUCCAGUUAGAGUUAUCAAUGCAUUCAGCCAGUUUGUUCCAAAUUACGUUGAUCCAGUAGCACAUUCAUUGAUAGGAAACAUGAUUCCAAUGUUGUUUGUACUCACCAAAGAUUCGAUUUCCUGUGAUAUUUUCACAAAGCCAAAAGAUCAAAAAUCAGGUUCAUUGGCAAUUACCAUUCCAAACCUUGAAAGAAAAUUAGUCAAACCAGUGAUGACAGUCUUGAGAGGUACAUCAUUCAGUUCACCCUAUGUGUUGUAUUUGGGAGGUGCUAUGUUUGGUCUUUCACUCCGUAAAUACUUGACCCCAACGUUUAGUGGUUUUAAGAUGCUAAAGGAAAUGAUUCAAUCAUCAAAUCCUCCAACUGAAGCACCUGAUUUAUUGGCAGAUUACAUCAAAGCACUUCCAUCCUAUUUCAGGGUUGACUAUGACAAUGAAACUGAGGAUUUUGAAGAUCAUGGUGAUUGGGAAUCACUUUAUGAACGUUCCAAUUUAGAUGUUCAAAAAGCCCUUGAUUUAUUGGUUAAUAUACCACCUGUUGUUGCCCAGCCAGCAGCUUAA